AGUUCCCACAACAUAUUUGAGUGCAGCGGCUUGAGUAUUUUUAUCCCAAUAGAGUCACAUGACUGGUCGAAGAAAAUGUAUAUGCUAAGGUAUUAUUUGGACGCCAAUGGGAAGAGGGUAUACACGGUGAAGCCCGUGGUCGAUGGGAAGGUGACCUUCUCGGCCCACCCCUGCCGAUUCUCGCCGGACGACAAGUUCUCCUCCCAAAGGGUAGCCCUCAAGAAGAGAUUCAACCUGUUGUAA